AUGAAGUCCCUAAUUGCCCUUAGUCUAAUUGUGGCAACGGCCUCGGCUGGCAUUGUGCCACCAAUUCACGAACGUCUUCCUGCCAUCCCAGUAAUGCCUCUUCCAGAAUUCGAGGGUCGCAUUACCAAUGGUGAAUUGGCCAGGGCUGGGCAAUUUCCCUAUCAGGUGGGACUAAGUUUGGCCUUUGGCGAAGAUACUUUCUGGUGUGGUGGUACUUUGAUAUCAAAUCGUUGGAUUUUAACAGCUGCCCAUUGUACAGAUGGUGCGGAUGGAGUCACCAUUUAUUUGGGCGCCAUUGAUGUUCGCAACCACAAUGAAAAGGGUCAACAACGGAUCUACUCCUCCAGAUCGAACAUUAUUGUUCACGACCUAUGGAAUGGUGAGACAAUGGCCAAUGACAUCUCUCUCAUCAAAAUGCCUGUGAUUAUUGAAUUCAAUGAUCGCAUCCAACCGGCUGUUUUACCCAAGAAGAAUGGCCAAUAUUCGUCAUAUGAAGGGGAAUUGGUUUGGGCCUCCGGCUGGGGCAGAGACAGUGAUGAGGCCUCAUCUAUUUCUCAAUUCUUGCGUUACAUUGAGGUGCCCGUCAUGAAGCAGAGCACCUGCAAUACCUAUUAUUUGGGAUCGAUUAGCGAAAAGAUGAUCUGCAUCAGCACCAAGGGUAAGAAGUCAACAUGUAAUGGCGAUUCUGGUGGUCCCUUGGUCUACAAGCAGGAUGGUGAGAAUGUUGUUAUUGGUGCUACCUCGUUUGGCAUUAAAUUGGGUUGUGAAAGCGGUUGGCCUGGUGUGUUCACCCGUGUCACCUCCUACUUGGACUGGAUCGAGGAGAAAACGGGCAUUGUUAAUAAUUAAAGUGUGAAUGGAAUUUUAAUUAAAUAAACAUAACAUAUUGUAUAAAUGAA